GGGCUUUUGACGGGGGCUUGAUUAUGCCUAAUUGCACACAAGGCUUGAUAGUUUUUCUAGACAAGAAGUCAUAACCCCCUCUAGCAAGUACCCCCAAGUUACUAUGGCAACAGGGCAGUCUUCGUCCCCAAAGGCACACACUCCCAUCUUUGUCCUGUUAUGAAACAUGCUGCUGUCUAUCUCAUGGGGGUGAGGAAGAGGACAUGAAUGUAGGGAACCCCCCAGCGAAAGAGCUCUGGUGAUAGAUAUAUUGCACUGCUUAAACCAGGGCCCGGGACACUCAACCAUCUGGCAAUCUAAGAAAGGGAAGAAGAUCAGCGCCGGAGAGCACUGGCUUUAUCAUUAAGGCUGAAUCCUACUACCAAGGUGCCAUGAGUAAUCCUGAUCGUGUAUUUCUCACAAACACCUCCAGUUUAUCUUGGGUGGACCCCUGUGUCCAGGAAACAUGGAUUGAGAAUGUUCUUCUGUCUGUAUGCUACAUCCUGGGCCUGCUUGUAGGUGGACUAGGAAACAUUUUGGCUCUUUCACUGUUUGUCCGUGACCGCCAGCCUCACUCACCCUCUGAUAUUUUCCUCCUUCAUCUUGCCCUGUCUGACCUCUUUUUGCUCCUUACUUUACCAACCCGUCUAUUUUACCACAUAUCAGGCAACAAUUGGCCUUUUGGUUCCAUGCCAUGUCGCCUGUCUGGAUUUGUUUUUUAUCUCAAUAUGUACGCCAGUCUUUAUUUCCUGGCAGGCAUAAGUAUUGACAGAUACCUAGCAAUUGUGCACCCACUCAAUUCUAUCAAGUUCCGCAGGCCUUUGCAUGCCCAUGUGGUAUGUAUAUUUCUCUGGGCAAUUGUUGCUUUUGCUACAGCACCAUUGCUAUUGGGUCGGCAGCAAGAAAAAGAUGAAGGGGGAUGUCGGCUACUCUAUCGGGAGACACCAUCAUUGAGGGCAUUGUCGUCUCUUAGUGCUGCAUUUGCUAUACCAUUCCUGGGCACAGUCACUUGCUAUGGGCUCAUUUUAAGGCGACUCAGAAAAGGAGGUGAUAGAAAGCCCAAGGAACGAGCAGUAAAGAUGGUGCUUCUCGUUCUGACAAUAUUUCUUAUCUGCUUUGUCCCAUAUCACCUAACUAGAGCUCUCUACCAUGUUCUAAUGCCUGGGGGUGAGGAUGCAGCCACAUCUUCCUGUGCUUUGCGCCAAGGGCUAGCUUUGGCCAAUAGAUUCACCUCCUGCCUAAGCACGCUGAACGCUGCUCUCGAUCCACUGGUAUAUUUCUUUGCUGUGAAGAAGUUCCGUCAAAUUCUGAUUAAGCUUCCAUGUAGACGUCAGGGAACUGUGGCAGGAAGAAACAGAGAGGAUGUCCGGACAGAAGACAGUUCAUUGAGUGCCAAGACAGAAGUGUGAGAAGGACGGGGGUUUAAGAAAGUUUAUAGAUCAGAAUGAUGUUAAGGAAAACAGAACUGGUGGGUUCCGACAAGGACGGCUUGCCAAAAGUCUGCUGACAAAAGUUUGAUUAUAAAGCUGUAGAUCUAAACUUGAUUCUUUAGAGGUCAGUCUAUUGCUUUAGCUAUUCACUAUAAUCAUCAAAAUGGCUAAAUUGUAUUGAAAAUAAGGAUUAGUCCAGUAUUAUUUAUUCUGCUCUUUAGUCAUGCCUAAGCUUGGUUCACAUUGUACCUAAUUCAUACCGGUCUUUGAAUGGAACCUUGUGAUGCAUUUUCAUAACAAAUAAAUCAGCCCCAAGUAAAAUCUACACAUAUUGGACUUAUGAUCACAUGUCAUCAUCACGUUUUGUUCUUUUACUGAUGUAUAUAUUUAAGAACUCUUAAAGUUCAUAGAGAAGAUACUUAAAUAAUCGACAUUUUAAUACUAAACUUGCAAUGAACUUAGAUUUAUUAUUAAGUCAUAGGAAAUUUAGAGACACACAGACGGCAGAUAUGUGUGUCUACGUUAACCUGAGUAUUUCUGUUUUGCCUCUAACGUGCAGUUCCGCGUACCGUGCUGAAUGAACAAAAUAUUGCAUGAGAAA